AUGAGGAAUUUCACUCUUGGUAGUAGAGAUAGUGAUGAUGGGUCCCCCUACUACAGCGCCUCCCUGUACCCCGGCUCCGCCUCCUCCAGCGACGCCUCGGCCUCCAGCGUGCCCGGGGGCGUGGACGCGGGCGUGAGUCUGGCCCUCGCCUCCCUCAUGCCGCCCACGCUGCCCCUCCUCCCGCCCGCCGCCGCCGCCGCCGCCGCCGCCGCCGCCGCCCUCAUGCCGUACCACCCGCACGUUUCGGCGUCCCAGGCCACCUCCUCGAGCAUGGGCGUGGGUUCUCACAUGGCCGCCCUGUCCGCCCGCACGCAGCCGCCCCCGCCCGCCGCCCGCCACCUGCACUGCGGCCCCGCCCACUCCCCGCCCGCCGCCCGCCCGCGAGUCGCCCGCACCUCCGCCUUCACCGUCGAGGAGCUGCUCAAGGACAGGCGCUCGCCCUCGGCUGACGUGUCCGCGCGCCCGCACUUCCCCGUCAUCGUGUCGAGUCUCUACGGCGCCCGCGCUCCGCCCUCGCCGCCGUCGGGGGGCGAGCGGAGCCCCCAGCGGCCGCCCUCCGCCACGCCCGCGCGCGCCGCCCCUCCGUCCCUCCCGCCCUCGCCGCCCGUCGCCCUCGCGGCCUCGACCACGCCGCCCUGCGCCAGCCCGCGGCGCCCGGACCGGCCGCCCGCGUCCCCCGGCGCGCCCAGGGGCCUUGACGGCCUCCUGCGCCGCCCCGCCGCCCACGCGCCGCCCAGGUCCCCCCCCUCGCCCGCCUCGCCGGCCCCCCCCUCGCCCGGCCGCCGCGACGACCGCCUCCCCUCCCCCCUCUCGAGACGACCGCUGCCCAAGUCGAACUUCCUCCCCGCGGGGGCGUCGCCGAUGGGCGUGCGUCCGCCGGCCUGCUCCCCCCCGGCGCCCGCGCCGCCCGCCCCGGCAGGUUCGCCCCGCCCCCCAGCCUCCCCCGCGCGCCCCUCGCCUCCCCCUCCCCCUCCCCAGCCUUCCUCCCCAGCGACUUCGGCCUCGGGUCUACCCCCGCCCACAUCUCAGGCCCCCACGCCCACGCCCACCGAGUAUUCGCGGCCUGCGCUUUCCGUCCCCAUCAGCAGGCUUCGGGAGUCAACCCUAAGGAAAAAUCCGGAACCGGAGUCCCUGAGGCUGUUCGUUGUCGCUUACGACCUCGUUCUGGCAACUCCUGCGACGUCGCUGGAGCCAAACCGUAUCGAUAAUCUGAACACACCACACUCAAUCACUCAUUAUCCAGCCUCGUCCUCAGGUUCGCCCUCCCUCUUCACCUGUGCAACAAGAAGCACCUGCCACGUGUCUUGCAACCCGAACGCCACACUGCAGAGGCAGAAACGGCCAGAAAGUACCAAGCACCGAUUGAGUUCUGUUCCUUACAGCUGCUGA